CUGGACAGUGUCGGAUCCAACGACAGUCGCGACGCGUUCGUCGCCGAGUUCAGGUCGCAUUGAGUCAUCUCUUUCUUCCUCUCCAUAACCAUUACCAUGUCCAUGUCCAUGGGCAAGACAUUCGUGGCAUUGGCCAUUGCCUGGAUGAGCGCACUCUGCCUGCUCCCAGUGGCCACCCAUUGUGACAGUGACUCCUACUACGAGAAGUAUUAUGCGGCACGUCGCUUUGUGCCCGCCAAGCGUAAUGCUCCGCUGGAGUUCAACUUCACGUUGAGCCUCGGCAAGGACGAUCAGCUGGCUGCCGAUGAGCGUCCCGCUCUGGUGGGAAAUCUGGCUGCGUUGGGCAGCUGGCAAGCAGCUGGAGCGAUCCUCUUGAACCGCACGGACGUGCACAAUGAGUGGAGGGGAUUAGUGCUGUUGCCGCAGAACAGCAGUGUGGAGUACCGUUACUUUGUGGCAAGCGUGGCACGUUCCGACGGAGUCCAGAUCCGUCGCUGGGAGUCGCAUGUGCUGCCCCGCGCCUUCAACACGACCAAGCAUGCGGGAAAUCGCACGGAUGAGCUGGGCAACAUCCAUGGACAACGACAGUUGACCCUCGGCUGGCUCCAGAGUUCCAGUUCCGGUUCCAUAGUGCAAUUCAAGGUGUUCCCUGGUGCACUUCAUCUGGAGGAGGAGACGUUGGCAGCGAGUCUACGCCUGCGAUUGCAGCCGGUGCAUCCCGUCAAUCUCUCUCCCAUACUGAGCUCUGCAUCCGCCAACGUGGAAUACGUCCGCAUGGUCUACAGCGACAGCCGACUUCGAACGCAGCCGGAGUACGGAGUACCCUAUGCCCAGGACAGGGACUUGCUCAUGUUUCAUGUGACCCUGGACCAGCUGGAGCAAGUGGCCUACCAGCUGGAGGUCUAUGGAGAGCAGCGGGACUUGGUGCGCUUGCUGGGAUAUGCCCAUCUCCAGCCAGCUGCUUUGGCGGGCAGCGAGGGCAACGUGACCCUUCAGCUAAUAUCCCCGAUCUGGCAGCGCGUGGUGGGUGAACUGCAUCUGCAGUACCUUGUGGUGCGUCCCAUGGUCAACGGCAGCUCCGACUUCCGCACCAGCUUCGUCAACUACUGGCGUUCAAAUUGGACAGAUUUAGAGAUUGGACAUCGUGGUCUUGGGAAGAGUUUGACUGUCGCCUCGACAGCGGCGGCUCCGCUCAUUGAGAACACCGUGGCCACCAUGCAGGCGGCGGGGGAGCUGGGCGCCGAUCUUGUCGAGUUCGAUGUGCACUUGACCAGCGAUCUUGUGCCCAUCAUUCAUCAUGAUUACUUCAUCAGGGUGUGCAUUGACUCCAAGACGCCGAUGAAUCGCAACGAUCUCAUCGAGGUCCUGAUCAAGGACAUCACCUACGAGCAGCUGAAGCAACUGAAGACCUACCAGAUCGUGAGCAACAAGAUCAUCGAGUAUCCCGCCCACAACAACGUUAAGCAAGUGGAGCAGCGUCUCUUUCCCACGCUCCAGGACUUCUUUGAGCAGGUGAAUCUCACUGUGGGAUUCGAUAUUGAAAUCAAGUGGCCCCAGCUGAAGUCCGAUGGCACCUACGAGAGCCAGCAGACGAUCGACAAGAACCUCUUUGUGGAUCGCAUCCUGGAGGUGGUGCAGAAUUAUGGCUGUGGUCGCCUCAACAUCAUCAAGAGCUUCGAUGCGGAUCUCUGUACGCUCCUGCGAUUCAAGCAGAACAUGUAUCCGGUGCUCUUCCUCACCAGCAGCAAGGUGAACGCCUUUGCCGAUCCUCGCGCCAGCACAGUGGAGCAAAGCAUCAAUUUUGCGCAGGCCUUUGAUCUGGCGGGAAUCGUGCCCAACGCCGUGUUCAUCAAGGCGGAUCCCUCGCUGGUCCAAAAAGCCAAGUCACAGGUGCCGUUGAUUCUGCUCUGGGGUGGUGACCUCAAGGAUCGCCAGUCCAUCGAUUGGUUUUUGCAGCUAGAACCCAACGGUGUCGUCUACGAUCGCAUGGAUCUCUGGCUGCCCCCCAACAGGACGAACGCCUUCGAGGCGGAACAGGACCUGCCCGACUUCUUCCAGCUGCAAUGCUCGCCCGUGGUUAGACAGCGUGUCCACAACGCGACCGUCGAGAGCAUCCUGAGCAAUGUCAACGUUCUAUAGACUCUGUAGAUUUAUGCCAAAGCAAUAAACGUAUCUCUAGAAACUC